AUGCCGCCCAAGCAGCUCUCUACCGUUCUCCUCGCCGUCUGCGCCACCUUCCUGGCACUCGCCGCACCGUUGCUCGCCGGCGACCCGGACAUGCUACAGGACUUCUGCGUCGCCGACUACAAAUCCCUCAACGGCCCAUUGCGGCUGAACGGGUUCCCGUGCAAGAGGCCGGAGAACGUUACGGCGGAUGACUUCUUCUCCUCCGCGCUGGCACUCCCGGGCAACACCGGCAACCCGGUUGGCUCCGCCGUGACAGCGGCGAACGUGGAGAAGCUCCCGGGGCUCAACACGAUGGGCGUCUCCAUGUCCCGCGUGGACUACGCGCCAUGGGGCGUGAACCCGCCGCACACCCACCCACGCGCCACCGAGAUCAUCUAUGUGCUUGAGGGCUCCCUCGACGUCGGCUUCGUCACCACCGCCGGCAAGCUCUUCGCCCGCACCGUCUGCAAGGGUGAGCUUUUUGUCUUCCCCCGCGGCCUCUUACACUACCAGAAGAACAAUGGUGACGCGCCGGCCGCCGCCAUCUCGGCCUUCAACAGCCAGCUUCCGGGCACGCAGUCCCUCGCCCUAGCGUUGUUCGCAGCCUCACCACCGGUGCCCACGGAUGUGCUGGCCAGGGCGCUCCAGAUCGACGGCGGCCUGGUGGAGGCCAUCAAGUCUAAGUUCCCGCCAAUGCGAGGUGGCUGCCUGAGCGGUGCUGGCGGAGAGGAGAAGAACGGCGGCAACUCGGACGGGAGAGGGAGGGAUCAGGGUGCGGGGAUGAAAGAAAGGCAUGGACCAUCUAAACAGGCCAAUGAAUUCAGUGCACCGAAGAGGCUUCCCGUAAUGGUAUUUGUGUUCUUCCUCCUCCAAGAAAUCAUAAUGUACAUCGUCGGGCAGGCGGAGAAGGAGGAGGCUGGCUGCUCGGGCAUGCCGGCGCAGGCGGAGAAGGAGGCGGAGUGCCACCACGCGCCAGAGAAGGAUGCUGAGUGCCUUGAUCACUCGCCGGAGGAGGAGGCAGAGGAGAAGGCGGAGUGCCCUGACUCUCUGGAGGAGGAGGAGGAGGCGGAUGCGUCCAGUUAG